GUUCCAUCGUCAGAAGCCCCUCACGGAUUCCCCUCAUUCUCUACGUCUUGAGUCAUACCGACUAUCUUUGUGAGCUUUCGACUUCUGUCCAGUGAAUCUUAUCCUCGUCUCCUGAUUGUAUCCCCGACCGAAGUUUGAUCGCCGAUGUCGACUCUACCGGAGAAAGAGGCCAGGGUGUGCGUGGAGACGGCGUUCAACGACGACGACGCCACCGUCAAUGGGAAGGCUCCGCGACGCAGCGUGUCAAGAUCAAGCUGCAGCAAGAAGGAAGUGGACGAGAGUGCAACCACUGAAGCAACCUCACGGCCGGUCUCCGAAUACGAUGACUCGGAAAUUCCAGAUGGUGGUCUUCGAGCUUGGCUUGUCGUCCUUGGCGCUGCUUGCGGAUCGUUCACGACCUUUGGAUUCGUGAAUGCAUGGGGAGUUUUUCAGUCAUAUUAUACUGAGAACAUACUGAAGGACACGCCCCCCUCAACGAUUGCAUGGAUAGGUUCCAUUCAAUAUGCAUUGAUUUUCGUUCCAGGUUUGGUCACCGGUCGUAUGUUCGACAUGGGGUAUUUUAAAAUCCCCCUUCUCGUCUCGUCAGCCUUUCUAGUAAUGGCUACGUUCCUUGUGGCCGAAUGCAAGGAAUAUUGGCAGUUCCUGCUCUGUCAAGGUUUCGCAGUAGGGUUGGCAUGCGGUAUGAUCUUCGGCCCUAUGCUGGGGGUCGUUGCACAUUGGUUCAAGCGAAAGCGAGGUCUCGCACUUGGACUCAACGCUGUUGGAUCAAGCGUUGGAGGCACAGUCUUCCCCAUUGCGGCACGUAAUCUCAUAGAGAUCGUAGGCUUCAAGUGGACGAUGAGGAUAUUGGGGUUCAUCCAGAUUGCUGGCCUCGCUGUUACCAAUUUGACGAUUGCUCGACGACUCCCGCCAAAAAAUAUCUCUGGUCCAUUCUUCGACUUAAGUGCAUUCAGGGAUGCACCUUACACCAUCUAUUGUACUGCAUCAUUUGUCGCGUUCCUAGGGCUGUAUACUGUCUUGACGUACAUCGACAUCAGUGCAGUGUCCGCAGGGAUACCGGAGGAUUUUUCCUUCUAUCUCGUGUCCAUUGCCAACGCCGCCUCAGGUAUCGGUCGGAUUGGUGGAGGUAUCUUCGCCGAUAAACUUGGUGCUGUCAACGUCAUGGCGCCAGCUACGUUCGUAGCGGCAAUCCUAACAUACGCUUGGCCAUUCGCCAAAUCCAAAGGCGAAUUUAUCGUUAUUGCCAUCAUCUAUGGAAUCGCGUCGGGGGUCUAUGUCUCCCUUCUUGCCGCACCAAUCAUGGCCAUGGGCGAAGUACACGACAUCGGAGUGCGAGUAGGAAUGUCCAUGACUAUCCUUGCGGCUGGCGCGUUGGCAGGCCCACCCAUCUCUGGCGCCAUCAACCAGGCUACUGGUGGUUUCACUGCUGUCGGCUACUAUGCAGGGUCGGUCGUCAUUGUGGCGGUUGUUCUUAUAAUAAUCACCCGACAACUCGUUCUGCACAAACUCUGGGACGGAGGAGAAUCAACGCUUAUGCAAUACCACGACUUUCACGGACGGAUUUGACUCUUCAAAAACACGAAUCUUAUGAAUUUCUUUUCACGGAGAUUUAUUGUCAUGUCUUACGCUGUUGUACACAAUUGAUAGAGUAUGCUAUACUAGCAGUUGGAUUACAAUAUGUAUCAUUGGCUUUGUGUACACGAAUUCUUAGCACACACAUAGGCCC